AAGACCUUUUACAUGCUACAUUAAGAUAUAUCAAGGUUGGAGACCAAAGUUGAGAGGCUAAAGUCGGUAGUACAAGUUAAAGAUAGGGAGAUUGCAACAGUUACACGAAUAGAAGCCAAAGGUAAGGCUGCUUUUAAAGCUCAAAUUGACAAGCUACAGUAGGAAAAUGUUGAACUCCAGAGAAGGGUUAUUGGCAAUCAGCAAGUAAGAACUCAACAAAUACAUGAGAUGAAGAAGAAAAAAAGGAGUACAUCAAAUUGCAGGUGAGAACCUACAGGGUAUAGGAAUACCUACAGGAAAGCUGGAUAUGUAUGUUGCUGCUGCUGGCAUAAACCCUCAAAGAGAUUUAUUGGAGUUGAGGAGUCCCACAAUCUUUAUGUUCUGUUUGUUUUUCCAUCACUUUUUCAAGGCUGUUCAAUUGGAGUUCCAUCUUCAGGUUGACGUGAUUGUCUUGACAGAUGGAAGUCGUAUUCUUGGCCUCGGUGACCUUGGAGUUCAGGGAAUAGGAAUACCUAGAUUGGAGGGAGAAGAGUAUCUAUCUAUUGUUGAUGAAUUUAUGGAAGUCGUGCAUACAUGUUGGCCUAAAGCUAUUGUUCAGUUUGAGGAUUUUCAAAUGAAAUGGGCUUUUGAAACAUUACAACGUUAUCGUAAGAGGUUCUGCAUGUUCAACGAUGACAUACAAGGAACUGCUGGUGUUGCUCUCGCUGGACUAUUGGGAAAUGUGAGAGCUCAAGGGCAGCUAUUGAGUGAUUUUGUUAACCAAAAGAUAGUAGUGGUAGGGGCUGGAAGUGUUGGGCUCGGUGUUCUUAACAUGGCUAUUCAGGCUGUUUUGAGAAUGGUAGGGAACAACGAUUCUACUGCAAGAAAUCGAUUUUUUUUCUAAUAGACAAAGAUGAACAAGGAUGAAUAAUCAAUGAAAAAGGAAUGAAGAGGUUUAUCCAUGCAAGCUUCAAACCAAAGCCAAGGAUGUCGAUCCUUCCAGGGGAGUCCAAAGUUCUCCCUUAUUUUUCUCCCUUUAUUUUGAUUUUCAAAAGUUUGCAAUUUUUUAAGUGGGGGUGGGCAAUUGCUUGCAUGUUUAGUCUAAACUUGGAGGUUCAAAUUUUGCCCAAAUUUCAAAAUUUCUAAAAAAAAUUUCCUUACAA